AUGGCUGCAAGCAGGCUGCUUGCACAGGGCAGAGCUUUGAAUUCACCUGUUUGCUAUUAGAGGAGUUGCUUAGAGAUCACAAACACCCCAGCCUGGAGAUGUGUGGCUGCAGAGCGAGUGUUCCCAGCACCAAGCAGUACUCGGUCAGUCAGCCAGCUCCUGCUUCCACCAAAACCAGCCCUUUGGCUGCAGCAGGCAUGCCCAAGCGCAUACCUAUAGCCAAGCAGCUGGCAUCAAUAAAAGCUCUAGGGAAAGGCUCAGACCUUGAAAAAGCUUUUGCUACUGUGGUUUUAGUGUACAACAACUCUGCUGACCCCGAGGGCAAGCUCAACAAAGCUGAAACCAAAAACCUGCUGCAAACCCAAUUUGGGGGUUUCAUACAGGGUCAAGAAAACAAACCAAAAUAUCAGGAAAUAAUUUCUGCCCUGGAUGAGGAAUCAGAGAACAAAAUUGAUUUUGAAGACUUCAUGAUAUUGUUAGUCAGUCUCACUCUAAUGUCUGACCUGCUGCAGGAGAUAAAAAAUGUGAAAACUACAAAAUGA